AUGGGGUCUUAGUUAAGCUUCAUUUGUAUCCGAUAACACACAUUUUUAGAUUAGAAAUAUGUUUUUUAAUUGUUUCCCACUUAUAUCACUCUAAAUUAAGUACGCUUGAAUUAUAAUUAAGAUUGACAAAGAACCGAAAUAUAUAAUCGAAUUAGAAUUGCACAAUAUCAUUUCUUGGCAAUUAAAUCAAAUGAAUUAACUCAUUAGUUUUAGCAUUUUGUGGAACAACAUCGAGAAAUAAUUCCGCUCUACACAUGAGGAUCUCUUGAAGUUGCGAUAAGCUAUUAAAAAUAAAAUAAUGUAUAAAACUGUUCGACAUCUUUAUAAACCCAUGCAGUAAUUGGGAGAAGGAAAUUUCGAUGAAGUAAUUUAUUCUAACAUUUAGGUAUAUUUGUGUAGAAACAGAAUAAAUGGUAAUUCAUACGAAAUAAAAUGCCUUGCCAAAAAUUAAUUUGAAGAUUCUAUUGUAUUUAUUGCAUAUUUUACAUCGGACUCGUAUUCAUAAUGAGAUAUCUAUCUUGCUUAACAAAUAUUAGAUCUGACUAUGUCUAAAAUUUACAAGAGGUAUUUAACGGAGAAAACACUGUGUAUUUUAUUAAGGAGUAUUUGGAAGGAUUAAACUUAUAUGAAUUAAUUAUGAAUGUCCCUUUAGAUAGGACUUAAAUAUUAAUUAUUAUGAAAGUAAUUUGUAUUACCAUUAUCAUAAAGAUUACUGCUGUUAGAGAUAUCCAUUCCAGUAAUAUUAUGCAUAGGGAUAUCAAACCAACUAAUAUAGUAUUCAAAAAUAAAGAUUCCAUAGAUGGACUAAAGUAAACAGAAUUUCACUUAGCAGUUAACAGAAUUUCACUUAGCAGUUCACAUUAAUCUUUCAUAAGACUUGAGAGUCUGUGGAACCCCUGGUUAUGCAGCUCCAGAAAAAUUUAAAGAUUGUUAUAAUGAAAAUGUAGAUCUUUUUAGAGUUGGAUGUAUUGCUCACAACUAACUAAUUUCAUCUUUUCUUUAAAUUGUAUACAUUUUCCUUACAAAUCAUUUAAUAUUGUCACUACCAGAGAUGUGUUUCCUGGAAAGACACCGAAUGAAAUCUUAAGGAUGAAUAAAAUUUGCAACAUAGACUUUAAAAUUCUCUAGUUUUAUAAACUCACUCCAGAGGAAACAGAUCUCCUUUAGUAAGAAAUCAAAGAAAUUGAAAAGAAUCCUGAGGAAUUACAAGUAGAUCAAGAAUCUCCACGUAUUAGUGCAAUACCCAAUUUCAAAGUAUUGAAAAAGGAUUCUCAAAUACAAUAAUCUCAAGUAGUAAGAAAAAGUUCCAAAUUAAAAAAAAGUGAAAUUUAAGAAUAUACUCAAUUAAACUUCAACAAGUCUAGUUUUUAGGCCAGAAAUUCUGUUCAUUAAACAAUGGUUUGA